AUGUACGUUGUGACAUUAACGCCGCUCCACGAAUUGUUGGAGGUACUGAAGCUCCGGAUGGGGGAUAAUGGUAGUCAGAUCUACCAGGUCGAGUAUAGAACAUAUCAUAGAAGAUGGAGCGUACCCGCGAUCAUUAACGACAUCGCUCUGAUUCGCGUAGACAGAGACAUUGAGUUCAGUUCGAAGGUGCAACCUAUCGCUCUUACUAGCUACGAUAUCUCUGAAACUGGUACCUCGGCCGUUCUCUCUGGAUGGGGCAUGACCAAUUAUAAUAACAGUCGUCUCCCUGAUAACCUGCAAUAGAUGACUGCUGAGAUCAUCAGCCAUAAAACUUGCGAACAGAGUUGGGGCCAUCUAUAUCCUAUCACUGAGUCUCACAUUUGCACUGUGACCCCUGUCGGAGUAGGCGCCUGUUACGU